AUGGUCUCCCGACGCGGUAUAGUAACGUAUGACUUCAACAAUGAUAACAUAAUGGAUUUAGCAGUUGUUAACUUGGACGAACAAACUGUUACUAUGAUAAUUGGCAAUAGAAACGGUACAUUUACUAUUCAGAUGCAAUAUUCCGUUGGUUCAGCACCGAGAGAAUUGACUUUUAGCGGUUUCAAUAACGAUAAUAAAUUAGAUAUUUUCGUGGCUGACACCGGUGGUAGCAAUAUAAUAUUACUGUUGGGUAACGGUGAUGGAACUUUGCGAGACCGAGUUACGUAUACAAUCGACACACCAUCAACAUUCAUGAUAUCGAUGAAAUUUUCACUGAUAUUACGACUCAUACAAAACAAGUCAGCUUUUACAUUCAUUUGCUUGUCUUUAGGUGAAAACAUUGCGAAAAUGUCCGAAGAAUUGAUUCUUUACCAUUAUCCACAAUCACCAUUCGCCGAGAAAAUACGAAUGGCAAUGGGCUUGAAGAAAUUAAAUUGGCGUCCGGUAACGGUUGAUCGUGUACCUCCAAGAUCUUAUCUCGAAAUUCUGACAGGCGGUUAUCGACGUAUACCAGUACUUCAAGUUGGUGCUGAUAUCUAUUGUGAUACUCAUCUCAUUAUACGGACACUCGAUCGUCUUAGACCGGAUGCACCAGCAUUACUUUCAAAUCGAAUGGCGCAACCUUUAUGUUGGUGGUGGGAUAAAACUAUGUUUCCAUUAUUGUUUAAAUUACUAAUUGGUCUUCGUGGUGAUAAAUUGCCGCGAGAAUGGCUUGAUGAUCGACAAAAAUUUGCGCCUCAACUUAGUUUAAAAAAGGAGGACAAUGAAAAAGAUAUACCGUUAAUUGUACAACAGAUGAAUGCACAUCUUGCUUGGCUUGGUAACAUGUUGGAUGAUGAUCGUGAAUUUCUUCUUGAAGGUUCAUCGCCAUCUGCAUUUGAUAUCACUGUUUAUCAUAUACUUUGGGCAAUGAAAACUAAUUUCGAACAAGAAACGAAAAAUCUUCUACCGUGCUUAACUCAAGCAAAGUUCAUUUCAUGGUUUGAUCGCAUCGCGGCAUUUGGUCAUGGUGCAAGUAAUGAGAUAAGUUCAGAAGAAGCUUUCGAAAUAGCCAAGCAAACUGAACCAAUUUAUAUAGAAAAUAAAACAGCAAAUGAAUGGAAUGUGGGACAACGACUACGCAUUACACCUGAUGAUAUGGGUCGUGUACCAGUUGAAGGAACAUUCAUUGCAGCAAAUGACUACGAGAUUGUUCUGCGUCUCUCUAAUGAAAAGACAGGAAAUAUUAAUGUUCACUUUCCUCGUGCCGGUUUCGAUGUGAUUGCAGUCUAA